AUGGCUCCACCCGGCGAGCACUAUUCCUUGGACGACUUCGUGAAGUUGGACAAAAUUGGCGAAGGCACUUACGGUGUAGUGUACAAAGGGAAGCACAAGAAAACCAACAAACUUGUCGCCAUGAAGAAAAUUCGUCUUGAAGGCGAGGACGAGGGUGUUCCAUCGACGGCAAUUCGUGAGAUUUCACUGCUUAAGGAGCUUACGCAUCCGAAUGUAGUCGCUUUGGAAGAUGUCAUCAUGCAGGAAAAUCGUCUUUAUCUGAUAUUUGAGUUUCUCUCAAUGGAUCUGAAAAGAUAUUUGGAUCAGCUUCCUGCCGACAAGCGGCUUCCACCUGCCGAAUGUAAGAGCUACAUGUUCCAGAUCUGCCAGGCCAUCUGCUUUGCUCACCAACGCCGUGUGAUCCAUCGUGACUUGAAGCCACAAAAUCUCUUGGUUGAUGGCAAAGGCGCUAUAAAGUUGGCCGAUUUCGGUUUGGCUCGAGCAAUCGGUAUUCCUGUGAGAGUGUACACUCAUGAAGUUGUUACGUUGUGGUAUCGUGCUCCUGAGAUUUUACUUGGGACACAGCGCUAUUCAAUGGGUGUUGAUAUCUGGUCCAUUGGAUGUAUCUUUGCCGAAAUGGCAAGCAAGAAGCCAUUGUUCCAGGGAGAUUCAGAAAUCGACGAGCUGUUCCGUCUUUUCAGGAUUCUUGGCACUCCCACUGAGGCUGAAUGGCCAGGAGUCAGUCAGUUACCGGACUACAAGCCAACUUUCCCCAAGUGGAAGGGCAGCUCUUUAGCUGAAAAGAUGGCAAACUACAUGGACCAUGAUGCUAUUGACUUGCUAGAAGCAAUGCUUGUGUAUGAUCCAGCUCGUCGCAUCUCAUCAAAGAAGGCGCUACAUCAUCCAUAUUUUGACGAUGGACACGCCAGCGUUCCAGCAGGAGCAUACCGCGGCGAACUGCAACUCAACUAG